AUGGCCACACUUUCUCCUUCUGAGAUUGCUUUCCAGAGAUCCCACAUAGGAGAUGACAGAAGGACUGGAAUAACUGUUUCGAAUGUUAUCUGUUAUACACUCGCGGUGGUCGCAGUGCUACUGAGGGUUUUCUCCCGUCGUCUUGCACAGGUGGAGCAUCGAGCGGAUGAUUGGUGGAUAUGGGGUGCGCUGUUCCUCUUCACUGUCUACAUUGCUGCCUAUCAAGUCCUGGUUCACUUUGGCUUGGGAAGACACGUAGUCCUUGUUACCAAUACGAAGGGGUUUGUAGUGACAUCAAUAUUCGGCGCAACCGCUUACAACCUGACGAUGCUCGCCAUCAAACUCUCAAUUGUUUACUUCUACCGUCGCAUCUUCCCUCAACGUUGGUUCAAACACGCUUUGAUUGGAACCGGGGCUAUCGUGGUGGGCACCGCACUUGCCCAAGUACCCCUCGACAUCGUGCCGUGUAUGCCCAUAGCAUCACAGUGGGAUCGUAACGUGAAGGGUAAAUGCAUCGAUCUCGGAGCCGCCAUUCUUGGAAUCGCUAUCAGCAAUAUAAUAACAGAUGUCAUACUCCUUACUCUCCCCAUGCCUCUGCUAUGGAACCUGAAAGUCUCCCCUUCUCGGAGAAGACUGCUGCUAUCACUGUUCCUCCUUGGCGGGUGCGCUUGCAUCGUCAGUCUGGUCCGAGUCUUCUUCGUCCAGCAAGCCGAGGGCGCAGACUCAACCUGGAACUACGUCAACACGGCCGAACUCUCCACCGUGGAACUCGGCGUCGGCAUCUCCUCCGCCUGCCUCCCCACCUGCAGGCCCCUCUACAACCACUGCUUCCGCGGCGGCGGCGCCCGCUCGAAGGCGUACGGCCACUCGUCCAGGGCCAUCCGCAUGGCGGACAUCACCCGGGGCUGGUACGGCAACCGGGAGGCGCUCGGGAGCGGCGGGGACGAGGGCGGCCUGCACACGGCGUCCGCCGCGCGGGACGGGGGUGGGGGUCGGAUCCUGGUGACGAAGGAAUUCGCAUCCGAGUCGGUCGGGUCGCGGUGA